AUGAGAAUUCGAAUUCGAGCGCAACACGUUGAACAGGUAAUCUAUUUUCGGACACAAAGACCAUCUUUAUAGAAGAGCGGUCUAAUUUAUGAUGACAUCAAUACCAUCAAUAACAAUCUAAUCAUCUCCGAGAGACGAUCUUUAAAGAAGAAGACCAUCGGGUGAUGUAUGGAGUUUGGUGAUGGCCAUCGAAACGAACGGGUUCGAUAGAUCAAUAAAUGGGUCUCACAGCGCAAAUACAUGGACCACACUACAGCAAGCACUAGAAAACAUACGCUGAAAAUGAUUUUGAUGAAUGUUUUACCAACAAAAUAAAUUGUUCGGAAUUGCAGGUGAAUCAACACCUGCGCAACGCAAUCCUGUGCAGUGCUCAACCGUCCGUCGCUCCCAAAAUCGUGACGCCACGUCCGGUUGUCGACGAAGGAGAAUCCGGCAGAUAUUGGGUCGAUCCGACGAGUACGUUAUCGAUUUUUGACAGAUUUGUCAUAGCGCCUGGCCCAUUUCUCUUUUGCAUGACUGUUGAAUUCUUUAACUCGUAUCGAGUUUUCCAUCAUUUUUCGAAAAUGUUGUUAGUUUUCUUCACAAACGUGACCUUGCCCUUGUUUGUACAAAAAACAUCGAUAACUGUGCGAAAACACUGAAAAUUUGGCUGCGAAAAAUGUUAACCCUUGUCAGGAAAUGCGGUAAAUUAGGAAUGGCGCCGAAGAAAAAACAAACGCACUUUUCCAGACCACAUGAGACUGCCGCGCUCGCUGGCCGCCGCCCUCUACCAAACACAAAAUACGCAAUCGAAGCGAUCGAUCGGAAACAUGGAAAAGCCGAGUUUCCAGCCGAAAAAAGUGCUAAUUCUGAGCAAACUCACGAGAUACGAGUUCGAGAAGAAGACGAACAAGGGAUGCGACGACGAGCAGCUCGCCAAUAUUGUUGGUUCACUGUAUUUUGAAAAAUGUUUGAAAAAUUGCGGAAAUUUGCAGCUCAAAAAACGCGGAUCGGACUACAAUCGGCUAUUGUCGAAGCACAAAAUUCAUCACUCGUAUUUGAGUACUCUGCAAAGGGAACUUGAGUAUGUUUCAAGGAAACAACGAGAAAAUAAAAAUGCUUCGUUUCAGGAAUGCCGGAAUCGAAUCACGACUCGUUCGCCGAUUCGGAUACACUCAGGAAGCCGUCGACUGGGCCGACGCCGUCUUUUCGGCAGGUAUUUGAGAAUCUCUCAGAAGUGUAAGAAAUUUUUUUAAUCUUUCAGGCGGUGAUGGCACAUUCCUGAUGGCGUCGUCGAAAGUGCGCACGAAGCGGAAGCCGGUGAUCGGAAUAAACACAGAUCCGCAGGGCUCCGAGGGCUACAUGUGUCUGAUGAGAAAACUGCCUGAGGAGAAUCUGGCCGCAGCACUCAAGAGACUCUUCAGCGGCAACUUCGAGUCAGUUUACUUGAGACUUUUAGCAUUUUUCAAAGUUAUACACUGGUUAUUAUGCUGUUGGUCGUGUGCAACAGAACUGUAUGGAAGUCAAUUUUUGUACCCCUGAAAACGAAGUAAACGCAAUUCCAUACAGCUCUAUUCUAGGCAAACAACAAGUAACUUUUGUAAUACUGUCCGCUUGCAGAUGGCUGUACCGCCAACGCAUCCGAAUCACGGUGACGGGCGACGACGGAGUGGGCGAUGCGAUCGAAUUGCACGACCAGCAACUGAAUCGCGAUCCGACGACGACGCGGUGGACGGACAAUCCGAGGAGUCCGGCCAGGGAGACCGACGUGGAGGAGUGCAUGUCCCUGUCGCCGCCUGUGUGAGUUUUCCGGGAAUCAAUGCAACGUUCUAUUUUGGUGCAAAUUGAAACAAUAUAGAUCGCACAUUAGUUAUCGAUAAGUCGUACUGCUUCAUAGAAAUUUGCAGUCUGAUCGGAUUAUCUGAUUCAUUAGCUGACUAGAAAAGUGGACGCUACAACAAAAUAUAACAUGAACGUAAAAGAACCGCUACGAAAUCAGGCCUGGGCGUGCGAUCCGGUUCGCGUUGACUGAAAAAUUGCAUAGAGAAAAAACCGGGGACGAGGGAAACGCGAUUUGUGCGCGAAAAGACAGAGACGCAAAUCACUUCUCUCUCGCCCCCGUUUUUUUAUCCGGUUGAAACGCAAACUCGUUCACUCUCUGUACGAAAUGAAACUCGCUCUUUGAUAGAUCUGUGCGGAAUAGAACUGGCACGAAAUACAACUCUAUCGACACGGUUUUAAUCGCAAAAACCAUGAAAAUAGAGUUGUAUUUCGUGCGGUUCUAUCUCAAUACAGUUUUGUUCCGCACAGUUUUAUCACACAGCUCUUCCGUAACAGUCAUUUUUCCGUUCAAGUUCUAUUACGUUGUAGCGUGAAGAAAGUGCGGUGUAAUGAACCAAGAGAUCAUUUUUGUGUUGUCAGAAUCUGCUGACCUGAUUUUAUACAAAUUGUUGAAAUCAAAUCAUGUAUUUCACACGCGGAGAUUAGUUUCUAAAGCUCUUGUGUACUACAGGAAUUGACUUUAAAAAUCCAUCUGAAAAUCUAGAUUCCAGACUUGCAACGGGCCGGGCCGGGCCGGGCCAAAAUUGGAAAUUUUUCCGGCCCGGCCCGGCCCGGUCGGCCCGGGAGGAUGCACCUAAAAAUUCAAAGCGAACUAGAACUUCGAAACGAACAUAAUUUUAUAGACUUAAAAUUUUAUAGACUUAAAAAGGCAAUGUUAUAGCAUAAAAACCUGUUAAAAAAUAGAAAUUGCUGUUUAAAGUCGCAAAAUUUUCACAAAAAUUACGAAAAUUUUCUCAAGAGUGGGCCGACCGGGCCGGGCCGGGCCGACGAUUUGCUGGCCCGGCCCGGCGGGCCGGCCCGGGAUUUGGCAAGUCUGCUAGAUUCUAACAACGCCGAAAGUUUUCUUUUGAGUCAAGACUGAUAGUUACUGAUAGUCCUGGCUACUCCUUCACCGUGAAUGAACCGUGAAUGAAUUAGAAAACUGAAAAAUUAUCUCAUCUUGCAGUAAAAAACGAACGAUCUCGGAGGCGCCGACAGUGGAGAAAGAGACGGUGGAGUUGCCGGUGCUGGCGCUUAACGAGGUGUUCAUCGGAGAGAGCCUCUCCUCGCGCGUCUCCUACUACGAAAUCGGACUGAACGAGGAGCCGAUGCUGAAGCAGAAGAGCUCGGGAAUCACGAUCUGCACGGGCACCGGCUCCACCUCGUGGCACUUUAACAUCAACAAACUGACGGAGCAGUGCGUGCAGGACCUCAUGCGAAUUGUGGCCGAGCACUGCAAACUGCCGCAGAUCCCGCACGAGGACAAGAACGCCGUCAGCGAGAUUUGCACCAAAUUCAACCAGCAACUCAUCUUCGAUCCCGAUCGCAGACGUUCGUUUUUAGUUUUGGACUCUAUUUGUAGCACUCCUACUUGAAUCAUUUUCUCAUUUCCAGAACUGGCGUUCUCGGUCCGUGAUCCGAUCUUCAACGCGACGUUCCCACCGACGGAUCCACGUGGAUUUGCGGACAAGAUCCGCAUAAAAUCGCGCGGAUACGACGCGCACUUGGUGAUCGACGGCGGCAUUUCGUACCGCUUCAACGACGGAUCCGAGGCGCUGAUGGAAGUGAGGGACGAGGACACUCUGCGCACUGUCGUCUUUCGAUAA